UUUUGAAAUUAAUAAAAAUAAAUUUUUAAUAAAAAUGGAAAUUGAAGAAGAAGGGGGGAUGGAAGAGGGAAGAGGAAUUAGUGGAGAUGCUGUUAGUUGUAAUAAAGUGGAACAUGACAACCUUCAUACUUGUUUAACCUUGCAAAAAAAUAAUAAUAAUAAAUUAAUUAUUAAAAAUAAAAUAAAAAAUUUAAAUAAAAAAGAAAAGGAAGAGGAAAAGAAAGAGGAAGAAUUUAUUAUUAAUUUAAAAAAAGAAAAAGAAAAUCCACCCCCGUCAUCAACAACUACAUCCCCAACAACUACCCCAACAACCAGUUCCUUGUCUAAUACAGUAAAAGAAAAAAUUCAAAAAAUUCCAAGAAAAAAGAAUUUAAUAAUUAAAAAGGAGUCAACAAAAGAGAAUAAAAAGAAGAAAAAUUUAAAAGAAAAUAAUUCUUUAAAUAAUUGUCAAAGAAGUUUACAUAAAUGUGAACAUUUGGGGUGUGGAAAGACUUAUAGCAAAAGCUCUCAUUUAAAAGCACAUAUGCGCACACACAGUGGAGAAAAACCAUUCCAAUGCAACUGGAAGGAUUGUGGGUGGAGAUUUGCAAGAAGUGAUGAACUAACCAGGCAUUACCGUCGCCAUACCGGCUACAGGCCCUUCCGUUGUGCUCACUGCACAAACGAGAUGCGUUUUGCCCGUUCAGACCAUUUAAAAUCUCAUGUAAAGAAUAGACAUCCAGGAAUGCCUUUUUAA